AUGUGUUUUGGGUUUGACUUCAUUGAACAUAAUAUAUUUAUAGUUAAUUUACGUGUUUCAGAUGAUCUUAAGUUCCAUGAUAUCGAAUACCGGAGGAGAAUCGAACUUUUGGGUAACGGGGACUUUAUAUUUAACCGGACGGGAGACCACCGGAGUGCACUUUCACGAUUCCUGCGGACUCACAGUGAGAGGCCACUGCACAUACAACAACGCAAAAAACGGUCUAGAGCAGCUUUCUCUCACACCCAGGUGUUCGAGUUGGAACGGCGGUUCAACCAGCAGCGUUACCUGUCGGGCCCGGAACGUGCUGACCUGGCCCACUCAUUGAAGCUGACCGAGACUCAGGUGAAGAUAUGGUUCCAGAACAGGCGAUACAAGACCAAACGCAAGCAGCUGCAAGUUCCGUCCGGGGGUGGUGGAGGUGGUGGAGGUAGUCCACCUGCCAAAAGAGUGGCGGUAAAAGUCCUGGUCCGCGACGACGAGUGUCCCAAAGAGGCCACGCACCAGAUGUCGCCCGAGGCCUAUCACCGUCAGUCGUCCAGACACGCAGCCCAGGGUGCCGUGGCAGUGGCGGCGGCUGCUGCAGCGGCUGCGGCGGCGGCUGCUAGUGGUGAUUACCGAAUGCAGCAGCUUUUGCAACAGCAAUUGCACCAUCACCGAAGCCACUUACACCAUCAACGCCUCCACCGUGGAGGUGCUGAACACGCCCCGGUCGGUCACUUGCACCACCAGCCCACUUUCGGCAACGGGUUGCAUCAUUUUCCUCCGGGCGCCGUCGCCGCUUCCGGCGCUGCCCCGUACUACUGUUACGAGUACGGACCGGUAGUGGCGGCGUACCUUCAACACGACCCCGGCAGUCGGGUGUCGUCCACGACCACGACCGACGAGCUGCAAGACACGUCCGACGCCGGAAGUGAGUGUUCAAUAAACGUCAUUGACGAGUGUCCAACGUCCACGACGGUCUCCGAGUGACGCGCGUCCGCAUGACAAUCGAAGAACGAUCCGCUGUCGUAAUGAUCGCGUCGCAGACACUCGGCAUUUUAUUUUGGGGGGGUGUAAAAAACCGACUGAGAUGCAUUUCGGUUUUCCGAUGUGGUCGCUCAGGGCCCCCGAAAUUAUCAAAAACGAGGAGACCACUUUAACUGCACCCUUGCGAAACAAUAACUAUAUCUUCUGCGCGGCAUAGGAGAAGGUGUGACGCGUUACGCCAUAGUAGUUUUACACAAAUCCGAUUUUUGUGUUUUUGUCCAAUAGUUAUCUUUUGAUAGCGAUCGUUAAUGCUGAUUAUAAACAUACCUAUAUUUUAAAAACAGAAUCAGUUUUUUUUUCUUUUUUCUUUUUGUAGCCACGUGAAUCGAUCGUUCCUCAUUUUCAACUCUCUUUAUUACUUACUAUUUCAAUUAUACAAUGUUAUA